AAUUCUGGGUUUAUUAAAGUUCAAACUCUGGAAUUUAGGUUUGAUUCCCCAAAAACAUAGAUAGAAGCAGCAUUGCGAAAUUCAUUGAUAAUAAUCAUAAUAUCUUGCACUUGAAGCAAUCCUCAUCUUCCCAAUAUAUAAAGCGCAUUACAGAUUCCAACUCUUCAUAGCUAAUGGGUAGUCACGAGGAGGAGAGAUUGCUUCAUGUAGAGAGUGGAAGUGAUGGACUACAUACUGGCGAUGGUUCUGUCGACUCUAAGGGGAACCCUGUUCUGAAGAGCAAAACUGGGAAUUGGAGAGCAUGUCCUUACAUUCUAGGGACUGAAUGCUGUGAGCGUUUAGCAUACUAUGGGAUUGCCACCAAUCUUGUUAGUUAUCUCACCAAAAAUUUACACCAAGGGAAUGUGUCAGCUGCUACAACUGUGAUGACAUGGUCAGGCACCUGCUAUUUGACUCCCCUUAUUGGGGCCGUCCUAGCCGAUGCUUACUGGGGAAGAUAUUGGACAAUUGCUGCCUUUUCCACUCUUUACUUCAUUGGAAUGUGCACUUUGACAGCAUCUGCAACUAUACCAUAUUUUAAGCCUCCUGAAUGUGUUGACUCUGUAUGCCCUUCUGCCUCAGAUGCUCAAUAUGCAAUAUUUUUCUUUGGGCUGUAUCUUAUAGCACUCGGAACAGGAGGGAUCAAACCAUGUGUUUCAUCUUUUGGGGCAGACCAGUUUGAUGAUACGGACCCUGUAGAGAGUGUUAAAAAGGGUUCUUUUUUCAAUUGGUUCUAUUUUUCCAUUAACAUUGGUGCCUUGAUAUCAAGCAGUUUGAUUGUCUGGAUUCAAGAUAAUGCUGGGUGGGGCCUUGGUUUUGGCAUCCCUGCUUUGUUUAUGGGAGUUGCUAUAGUAAGUUUCUUCUCGGGCACCAAUCUCUAUAGGUUUCAGAGACCAGGAGGAAGCCCUAUUACAAGAAUGUGCCAGGUCCUGGUUGCAUCAUUCCGCAAGUGGAAUUUGAAUGUCCCUGAUGAUAGUAGCCUUCUGUACGAAUUACCUGAUAAAAGCUCUGCAAUUGAAGGAAGCCGGAAAUUGCUGCAUACUGAUGAACUAAAGUGCCUCGACAAAGCUGCUGUAAUUUCAGAUGUGGAAAGCAAACACGGAGAUUACUCCAAUGCUUGGAAUCUCUGCACCGUGACACAAGUUGAGGAACUGAAGAUCUUGAUACGGAUGUUUCCCAUCUGGGCCACCGGUAUAGUGUUUGCUGCUGUCUAUGCUCAAAUGUCAACAAUGUUUGUGGAGCAAGGCAUGGUGAUGGACACCUCCAUCGGUUCCUUCUCGAUCCCUGCAGCCUCCCUAUCGACUUUUGAUGUCAUCAGCGUUAUCUUCUGGGUUCCAAUGUACGACAAAGUCCUCGUCCCGCUUGCCAAAAUGUUCACUGGGCAAGACAGAGGGUUCACUGAGCUACAAAGGAUGGGAGUCGGACUAUUCCUCUCGAUUCUAUGCAUGUCGGCUGCUGCUAUUGUGGAGGUCUUCCGUCUGUCAUAUGUGGUGGAUACAGCAGUUGCUGCACCAAUGAGUAUCUUCUGGCAGAUACCGCAGUAUUUCCUGCUCGGGGCUGCUGAAGUUUUCACGUUCAUCGGGCAACUGGAGUUCUUCUACGAUCAAUCACCAGAUGCCAUGCGCAGCCUGUGCACAGCCCUGUCGCUCCUCACUAACGCACUGCGAAACUAUUUGAGCUCAUUCAUCCUCACCGUUGUCACGUCUCUGACGACGCAAGGAGGACAGCCUGGAUGGAUCCCGAACAACUUGAACGUCGGCCAUCUCGACUAUUUCUUUUGGCUUCUCACAGCUCUCAGCUCCUUCAAUCUGGUGGUAUACGUCUUGUGUGCCACAAUGUACAAAUUCAAGAAAGUAUCAUGAAAUUCAAUCUCUGUAUUUUGUCGCUUUGAGCAGUAGAAUGAAAAUAGUAGGACAUAUCUAUGUAGUUCAAUCUCAGAAUUUGCUUACUACUAUUAGUUUUGUCAAGGUUGUAGUCUUGUAGAUAUGUAGGUUUCAUGAGAAUUGGAGCUUCAUGCAUAUCUCUGUAUUAGUUGGGGUAGGGAUAAUUAAACAUUCAUACAAAAUGUUUUAUCAA